GCACCAGCCGCCUCGUCAGGAGGGAAGAUGAUUGUGCUGUUGGACUUUGCUGCGGCGAAAGGAGAGCUCGGCUGGCUCACACACCCUUAUGGCAAAGGGUGGGACCUGAUGCAGAGCAUCAUGAACGACGUGCCCAUCUACAUGUACUCCGUGUGCAACGUGGUGUCUGGCGACCAGGACAACUGGCUGCGCACCAACUGGGUGUACCGCGGCGAGGCCGAGCGCAUCUUCAUCGAGCUCAAUUUCACCGUGCGUGACUGCAACAGCUUCCCCGGGGGCGCCAGCUCCUGCAAGGAGACCUUCAACCUCUACUAUGCGGAGUCAGACCUGGACUACGGCACCAACUUCCAGAAGCGCCAGUUCACCAAGAUCGACACCAUCGCGCCCGACGAGAUCACCGGCAGCAGCGACUUCGAGGCGCGCCACGUGAAGAUGAACGUGGAGGAGCGCUCGGUGGGGCCGCUUACCCGCAAGGGCUUCUACCUGGCCUUCCAGGACAUCGGCGCCUGCGUGGCGCUGCUCUCUGUGCGCGUCUACUACAAGAAGUGCCCCGAGCUGCUACAGGGCCUGGCCCGCUUCCCCGAGACCAUCGCCGGCUCCGAUGCCCCCUCCCUGGCCACCGUGGCUGGCACCUGCGUGGAUCACGCUGUGGUGCCGCCGGGGGGCGAUGAGCCCCGCAUGCACUGUGCGGCGGACGGCGAGUGGCUGGUGCCCAUCGGGCAGUGCCUGUGCGAGGCGGGCUACCAGAAGGUGGAGGACACCUGCCAGGCCUGCUCGCCUGGAUUCUUUAAGUUUGAGGCAUCUGAGAGCCCCUGCCUGGAGUGCCCUGAACACACACUGCCAUCUCCCGAGGGUGCCACAUCCUGUGAGUGUGAUGAAGGCUACUUCCGGGCACCCAAGGACCCACUGUCGAUGCCCUGCACACGCCCGCCGUCCGCUCCUCCCUACCUCACGGCCGUGGGCAUGGGCGCCAGGGUGGAGCUGCGCUGGACGCCCCCGCAGGACAGUGGAGGCCGUGAGGACAUCACCUACAGUGUCACCUGUGAGCAGUGCUGGCCCGAGUCCGGGGAGUGCGGGCCCUGUGAGGCCACCGUGCGCUACUCGGAGCCUCCGCACAUGCUGACCCGCACCAGCGUGACGGUCAGUGACCUGGAGCCUCACAUGAACUAUACCUUCACCGUGGAGGCCCGCAAUGGCGUCUCAGGCCUGGUGACCAGCCGCAGCUUCCGGACAGCCAGCGUCAGCAUCAACCAGACGGAGCCCCCCAAGGUGAGGCUGGAGGGCCGCAGCACCACGUCGCUGAGUGUGGCCUGGAGCCUACCCCCACCGCAGCAGAGCCGCGUGUGGAAGUACGAGGUCACCUACCGCAAGAAGGGAGAUGCCAACAGCUACAACGUGCGCCGCACCGAGGGCUUCUCCGUGACCCUGGACGACCUGGCUCCGGACACCAUCUACCUGGUCCAGGUGCAGGCACUGACGCAGGAGGGCCAGGGGGCCGGCAGCAAGAUACACGAGUUCCAGACGCUGUCCCCGGAAGGAUCUGGCAACAUGGCGGUGAUUGGCGGCGUGGCCGUCUGUGUGUUCUUGCUUCUGGUGCUGGCGGGCAUCGGCUUUUUCAUCUACCGCAGGAGGAAGAGUCAACGUGCCCGCCAGUCCCCAGAGGACGUUUACUUCUCCAAGUCAGAACAAUUGAAGCCCCUGAAGACAUAUGUGGACCCCCACACCUACGAGGACCCCAACCAGGCUGUGCUCAAGUUCACCACCGAGAUCCAUCCGUCCUGUGUCACUCGGCAGAAGGUGAUCGGAGCAGGAGAGUUUGGGGAGGUGUACAGGGGCACACUGAAAGCAUCCUCAGGGAAGAAGGAGGUGCCGGUGGCCAUCAAGACACUGAAGGCCGGCUACACGGAGAAGCAGCGCGUGGACUUCCUCAGCGAGGCCAGCAUCAUGGGCCAGUUCAGCCAUCACAACAUCAUCCGCCUGGAGGGCGUCGUCUCCAAAUAUAAGCCCAUGAUGAUCAUCACGGAAUUCAUGGAGAACGGGGCCCUGGACAAGUUUCUCCGGGAGAAGGACGGCGAGUUCAGCGUGCUGCAGCUGGUGGGCAUGCUCAGGGGCAUCGCGGCCGGCAUGAAGUAUUUGGCCAACAUGAACUAUGUUCACCGCGACCUGGCCGCCCGCAACAUCCUCGUCAACAGCAACCUGGUCUGCAAGGUGUCUGACUUUGGGCUGUCCCGUGUGCUGGAGGAUGACCCCGAGGCUACCUACACCACCAGUGGCGGCAAGAUCCCCAUCCGCUGGACGGCGCCGGAGGCCAUUUCCUACCGCAAGUUCACCUCGGCCAGCGACGUGUGGAGCUAUGGCAUCGUCAUGUGGGAGGUGAUGACGUACGGCGAGCGGCCCUACUGGGAGCUGUCGAACCACGAAGUGAUGAAAGCUAUCAAUGACGGCUUCCGGCUGCCCACGCCCAUGGACUGCCCCUCUGCCAUCUACCAGCUCAUGAUGCAGUGCUGGCAACAGGAGCGCGCCCGCCGUCCCAAAUUCGCCGACAUCGUCAGCAUCCUGGACAAGCUCAUCCGCGCCCCCGACUCCCUCAAGACCCUGGCUGACUUCGACCCCCGGGUGUCCAUCCGGCUACCCAGCACCAGUGGCUCCGAGGGGGUGCCCUUCCGCACGGUGUCCGAGUGGCUGGAGUCCAUCAAGAUGCAGCAGUACACGGAGCACUUCAUGGCGGCCGGCUACACAGCCAUCGAGAAGGUGGUGCAGAUGACCAACGAGUGAGUCGGACUCCGCCCCGCCCGCCACCAAGCCUGGCUAGCAUCUAGCCUGCUGGGUCUCAAGGACCAGGUGAACACCGUGGGAAUCCCCAUCUGAGCCCCACAAGGCCUCGGCCCCCUCGGCCAAGAAUACUUGAAGCCACGGAAUGGGCGGGGAGGAAUGGCCUCCCCGCCGGUGCUGCGCUGGGCCACCGAGGAUGGUAUUUAUUCCUAGUUCCCUCCUGACAUCCCCCGAGGCCUCCGCUGGGGCGUCCUGGAGGACAUCCUGGCCUGAA